ACCUGCUGUGAAAGAACUCACGCAAACCUUUCUUACGAGACCACCGGCUCGGCGCUUGUUCUGACGAAACCAACAGCGCCGCCGCUCAUGGUGUGCGGCGGAGCCAUGAGCAGGUGGCUCGUCCUCCUCGUCGGUCUUCUCACCAUCUCUCUGGUACCAUCAUGUGCCGCCGCGGAGGUGAAGAUCAGCCCAACGGAGUGGAGCCUUCGCCUACCCCUGCCCGACGGCGUCACCGGUGCCGAGAGCCUGGCCUUCGACGCGCUUGGCCAGGGCCCCUACACCGGCGUCUCCGACGGCCGCGUCCUCAAGUGGGACGGCAGCGCCGUCGGCUGGACGACCUUCGCCCACCACGCCAACUACAGGAAGCUCCCCAUGUGCACCGUGGCCAUGGCGCCGUCGGAGGAGACGGAAGGCUUGUGCGGGCGGCUUCUGGGGCUCGCGUUCCACCUUGAGUCCGGAGACCUCUACAUGGCCGACGCGUACAAUGGGCUCAUGAGGGUCGGCCCCGACGGCGGCGAGGCCGAGGUGCUCGCGACCGCAGCCGACGGCGUCCAGUUCAACUUCGUCAACGGCCUGGACAUUGAUCAGGUCACCGGUGAUGUAUACUUCACCGACAGCAGCGUGACAUAUCCACGAAGGUUUAAUACGGAAAUCAUGAUGAACGCCGACGCGACGGGGAGGCUGCUCAAGUACGACGCGCGGACGAAGCAGGUCACCGUGCUCAAGUACAGCUUGCCAUACCCCAACGGCGUCGCGGUCAGCCAUGACCGGAUGCACAUCGUCGUUGCGCACACCCUGCCGUGCCAGGCAUACAGGUACUAUCUCCAGGGACCAAAGGCUGGCCACUACGAGCUGCUCGCCGAUCUGCCUGGCUACCCGGACAACGUGCGGCGCGACGAGAAUGGCGGCUACUGGGUGGCGCUGAACCAGGAGAGGGGGCGCCCGGGCGCGACCACACGCCCCGUGAGGCACUUGGUCGGUGUCCGGUUAGACGGCAACGGCGUGGAGGUAGAAGAGCUGACCGCUGCCAAGGGCGUGACACUCAGUGAGGUGACCGAGAGGAAAGGAAAGCUGUGGCUCGGCUCCAUCGAGCUCGAUUACAUCGGCCUACUAGUUGCCUUGUACUAAUUUGUUUACAUUCACCAGCACACCAUUUCCUGCUGCGUGCAUCCCUGUCCCACAAUAUAGAGUUGCGUACGUCCAUUAACACGAGAGACAAACGGCUCGUACGCUCACACAUUCAAUUGACCCUGCGCACAUUAAUCCAACUGCACACGCGGGCCCUCCUCUAUUACUAUCACAGCUGUAGACCUCAUUAACGUUGGACACCCACCCCGGACACCAGCUUGCCACUUACUCGCCGCCACUUCAGUUCACCCACCUCCCCUCUCACAUGCAACUCCUUGGCGUGUCGGGAGGCUACGGCGGGCCCUCCUCGGUCCUGGUUUAUUGGUCCUCAUAGUAUUUUAUGCCAAACUUUGGUCAUGAAGUUAAUUAAGAAAAUAUUAAUGCAUGUAAAAAUAGUAUCAUUAGAAACUAUGUUUAUGUUCAGAUACGAAUUCAACGAUGUAAUAUUUUAUGACAUGCAAUAACAUUUUGUCAGUUAAUUCUAUAGUCAA